AUGUCCUGGGACCUCACCCGCCGUCGAUGGAUGCGACGGUUGAACAGCAAAUAUAUCUUUGACCGCUUUCCCUUAUUGCAUGCCAUCGUCUUCAUAAUCGAAAUGACCAUCAUCGCCCGGCUCACGAGCCGGUUCAACCAGUUCUACAAUGAACGACCUGGUGCGUUUUCCAAGUCCCAUUCUCCUAACGCGGCGGUUCGAGUCGCGGCCAUUGCCAUGGCAGUGCUCACGAUGAUGGUGACCAAUGCGGUCCUGGCUGGUGUCGCCGAUACAGUAGCCCAGUCCAUCACGGCGGUCCGGCAACGUGCCGUCCGCAAGUACCCACCCGGCCGAGGCCCGAACGCGCGCGACGACUUUGUUGCCUACGAGAUUCACGAGCUCGACCGGAAGAACCCCCUCAACGAACAAGAGCUGAUCCCCGAGUCGCGGGACCUGCCGCCCCCGUUCGACUUUGAGCGGCUGACCCGCUUCAUGGCGUUCGGCUUCUGCAUGGCGCCCUUGCAGUUCAAGUGGUUCGGCUUUCUCGAGCGAUGCUUCCCCAUCACCAAGAAGAACGCCUACCAGUCGGCUUUGAAGAGAGUGGCUUUCGACCAGCUCAUCUUUGCGCCCUUUGGUCUGGCCUGCUUCUUCACGGCCAUGACGCUGGCCGAGGGCGGUGGAAAGAGAGGCGUGUAUGAGAAGAUGAGGGACCUGUACGUGCCGACGCUCAAGGCCAACUACGUUCUUUGGCCGGCGGUCCAGGUUAUUAACUUUCGGUUGAUGCCCGUGUCGCUCCAGCUGCCAUUCGUUUCCACUGUUGGUAUCGCUUGGACAGCCUACCUUUCACUCACCAAUGCCGCUGAGGAUGUGCAGCACACCACCCCUCAUCGGGCACCUGGCUCUCCCGACAUUCGUCUAUCCUAA